AUGCAAAAGAUUCUUGACUACUUUGAUGAACGAAAUCAACAAAUGGGAUAUGGUAAGUGGAUUUUUCAUGGUGUUCAACGCCGCUACCAGCGCAUCAAGAAUAGCGGCUAUGUCACAAAGUUUCGAAAAUAUUUAGAAGAGAAUGGUGGUACCAAAAAACGAAAACUUGAUCAAGUGAACGACUAUUCUUAUGACCGUUUUGUACAUGCACGCGGACAAUGUCUACCGGUUCAUGACAAUGAUGUUCGAUGUUGGGCGAUAAAAAAUGCAGCUGAUAUUUCACUUCAAAGUUUCGUUGCUGGUUAUCAUUGGCUGUUGAAUUCUAAGCAUCGACACUGUUUAAUGCUCACGUAA